AUGUCGUCCCCUGCCCCAUUCACAUUACAAGACACGAAAGACACCGAGGCAUUAGCGUUAUUGGAGGACAGUAUCACAGCCGAUGCGCCUAAUGGCAUGAAAAGCACGCUCUACGGCUACCAAAGACGAACACUCUGGAAGCUCCUUCAACGCGAGCUACUACCCCAGCACGUCCUCGAUCCCGAUCUUAUGGAGUGCAAGUCUCCCGACAGUGGAGCGCCCUACUGGAUACAGAUCUCCACGGGAUCAGUAUUCGCGAGUCCUUUCUUCUGGGAGGAAAAUCGGGGCGGUAUCAUUUGCGAGGAUAUGGGAACUGGAAAGACUUGCAUUGCCAUUGCCCUUAUUCUUCAAACGAGACACCAUAUCAGCAUCCCACCGGUUGACUGCGUUGAUCAGAAAGUGUAUGCGGAUUUAGAUCCGUAUUGGUUGGGUAUCAUGGACAGCCGGGACGACAACGAGGCAUCCGUCCGUCGCGCGCCAUCACUAAAGAAACUAGUUGCGUCCCAUAUCCUCACCCACCGAAUACCAUUCACACACUACAAGGAUAUCUUCCCAAGUCACUUGUACAAACUUCUGCGCAAGUCGCCCUCCUAUUUUUUCAAGUAUGCGAACCAGAACAAUAUGUGGGCAGCGAGUAGGGGGAGGGUGGCGCCGAAGGAAAAAAUCUAUCUGUCGUCUUGCACUUUGGUGGUUGUGCCUGAUACCUUGGUGGAUCAGUGGCAGACGGAGCUGAUCAAGCACGUCCAUGACCUAACCCUCGAAGUCUUAAUCCUGAGCAACACCAUCCCCGUCCCCGACGCCCUCACCCUCCUCAAAUACGACAUUGUCCUCAUCUCUCACCCUCGCUUCGGCGCCGAACUAGACGGCGUCACAAAAGACGGCGAGCGGUACCGAUCCCCCCUUCUCGACAUCCGGUGGCUCCGCAUGAUCGUCGACGAGGGGCACGUGAUGGCCCGCAAGGAAGCUAACCAAGUCGCGUUAGCCGCGAAGCUGGAGUGCGAUAGACGGUGGGUAUGCACCGGGACGCCCAUGCCUAACAUUUUACGGAAGAAUUUCGACGCAGAGGAGCAAAAAGAUCUGCAGAAACUAGGCGCCCUCCUGACCGAUUUCCUCCGCGUCGAGCCGUUCGCGUCCUCGAGGGACGUGUUCAGGAACAUGAUCAUGAAACCCUUCCUCGAGAGAGGGUUCAGGGGCUACGAGAAGCUGCAAGACCUGAUGUCCCGCCUGAUGGUCCGCAACAAACUCGAGGAUAUUGAGCGCGACGUCAAGUUGCCCCCGCUGCAUGAGACCAUCGUCACGCUCGAGCUCGGGUACACCCAACGCCUCCUCCACAACUGCAUCAUCGCCUUCAUCGGCGCCAACGCGGUCCUCUCCGAACGCGAACACCAGGACUAUUUCUUCCACGCCAACAACGCUAAACCCCUAAAAGACGUCAUCAACAACUUACAGUUAUCCUGUUUCUGGUUCGCCGACCCGGAGUUCAUCUCACAAUUACACACCGCCCUCAACAACGUCACACACGCCCUCAUCGAUGACAAGGAAAGCCCGCAUUACUCCCCUGCAGACCUCGCCCAACUCACUCAAAUCCAAGCCGUGCUGACAACAGCGUCCCAAAGCGACCUGCUUCGCAACAUCGUGAAAGUCGUAGAUGUGGUGUAUGAGGUGCGACGGCCGCAUGCGCAGUUGGGGGGCAAGACGACUGCGUGGACGGAUGUGGGGAAUGCCGUUCUUAAGGGAGCGGAUUUGGAGGCUUUUCAGAAGAGGAAGCAGAAGGAGCGGGUGACGUUGGGGAUUGGGACGGGGGGUGGGGAAGAGGGGGGAGAGGUUUUGGGAAGCGCGAGUGUGAAGUUGAGUUAUUUGGCGGAUCAGAUCAUCAAGCAUUCGCCGACCGAGAAGAUCAUUAUCUACUGCCAGUUCAUCCAAGAGAUAUAUUAUCUCCAUGAAGUGUGCAGGAUUGCCAAAGUCCGCUGUAUCCUGUUUCACAGGCAAAUGCGCGUCUCCGAACGCUCCCACUCUGUAACAACCUUCAACACCUCCCCAUCAACCCCCAUAAUAAUAAUGGACCUCCGCCUCGCCGCCUGGGGCAUCGACCUCUCCUCCGCCUCUCGCGUUUACUUCGUCUCCCCCGUCUGGCAACACGACAUGGAGCGGCAGGCUAUCAAGCGUGCCCACCGUAUCGGGGCCACUCACCCGGUGUAUGUCGAGACGCUGGUGGCGAGGGGGACGAUGGAGGAGGCGGUGUUGAGGAGACGGGGGGAAAUUUUGGGUAGUGGGGAUGCGGAUGAGGGCAGGAGGAGGGAGCCGAGGAGUAUGUUGGAGGAUGGGAAGUUGAGGGGGAUGUUGAGUGCGGCGAAGAUGGUGGAAAGUAACAGUGGUGAGGAUACGGAUAUGAUUACGGUCACGACGGAGGAGGAGAACCAUUUCACGAGGUUCGCGAAACCGAUCCCGCUCAUACCGGCCCCCGGACUCGCGCUGCAUGCGGAUGCGACGGAUUAUUAUGUUGAUGCGGCUGAUGAGCGCGUCGGUGACGUUACUGAUCUUGUAGUGCCGUCCACCGCCAUGGGCGCGGACCCGGGGAUCGGGAUGAGUGGCGAGAAGAGCAGGACGGUCGAUGGCACGACGCAUACGGGUGCCAAACGGGAAGACAUUUACGAAGAUCGGGAUACCGAUGCAGUCAUUGAGCAGCCUCGCAAGAGGGUACGCUUCGGUUAA